AUGCGAAUAGAGAAGUGUUGGUACUGCUCGGGGAACAUUUACCCGGGCCACGGCAUAUUCUUCAUCCGAAACGAUGCGAACAUAUUCCGGUUCUGCCGCAGUAAAUGUCACAAGCACUUUAAGGCCAAGCACAACCCGCGCAAAGUCAAGUGGACAAAGGUCUACCGAAAGGAAAGGAACAAGGAGCUGAGCGCAGACAAGACAUUCGAAUUCGAAAGGAUCCGAAGUGAGCCAGUAAAGUACGAUCGAGAUCUGUACAUAAAAACAAUCAACGCGAUAAAGCAAAUCGACAAAAUUAAGGAGGCGAGAAAAAUGAGAUUUUACAAAAACAGGAUUCAAGACAUCUCAGAGAAGAAAAUUAACUUGUCCUUACAUUACAUUAAGAAGAAUCCAGCUCUUUUAAGGAACACCGAAUUUGAGGAUGUGCUUGGCGAGCUGAUCAAAGAACAGCCGAGUAACCAUAUCGAUUUCACUCUUGUCAAGAGUACCUUUGACCAAGAGGAACUCAUUACGAACGACAUGGAGGAGAUGGGUCACAAGUUCUCCGCCGAUGUUACUUCGAUUAGGGACCUACAGGGAGUCCAUCACCAGAAGGAGAACCAAAAUUUGGAGUUAGCUUAG